CAAGUUGGAACUCAAAAUGCAGUCGACGAAACGUUGAUGAUCACAGGCCGACUUGAGAAGACUCUAUCGACCACAGAUGGCGGCAUUGGCAGCCAAUUCGGGUGCCGAAGCCCUUGGGAGGACACAAUGCCUUCUUUGCAAGCUCACAAAGCGGAAAAGCCAAUGGCAGAAAGAGUGGACUUGCGCGCCAAUGAGUGGUGCACACUCCGGAGGCUUUUCGAAAGGAAGAAGGAAAUGCUGCAGACUUUCCACUGCAACAACGGCUCAGGAGAGAGUAGUGUCUGUUGAUGGAGGUGGUGGUGCCAAUGGUGAUCCUGUGAACACACUUAGUCAGCAAAUUGGUCAAUCUCAAAGAGCAAUGCAUGUUCGAGGAGCUCCAAUAGAAUUUACAAGGAGAAGCCUAUUGCAGACUGCGGCUGUUGUGGGUGGAUCCAUGCUGAGCUUUGGAGAUGGGGUCUCCUUAGCUGGGGAAGCAUCUUCAGUGGUAGAAGUGCGGCACAUGAGCAAUGACUUUGGGACGCUCUUAAUGAAGACAACUUACAAUGAAUUUGCGGCAACCAAGAAAUUGCCAGAAGCAGAGAUCCAGAAACAGUUCUUCCGGUUGCGUCAGCAGGAGUACCCGUACUUCAAGGAGUCUUCAACCAUGUCGUCAAUACAGAAGCCUGGUGACCUUAGUGAGGUGCCAUAUUUCAACUUCGUAUCAUACAUCCAGUGGAAGAUUGUUGCGAAGCAUCUGAAAUCAACUGAAGAAAGAGCGGACUUCAGCACGAAAGUGGGGAGGAGCUUGUUAGAAAGUCUGCGAAGCACGUCAGCUCCGGAUGCAGGUUCAGCUGAUCUUCGAAAACAAGUAGAUGACAUUCUUCGCAAGUUGAAAGCCGUCGGCUAUGUGGAGGAUUACACCGUUGAAUGGAGGGAACCUGGUGGCGAAAGCUUGGCAGACGAGCCUGACUUGCGGAUACAGCUAAGACGACCAGCCGACCUCCAAGGCUCGCAGCUGCUGAGAGCGGAGGAGGGCAGCUUUUGGCAGAAGUUUGCGUCCUCCAUUCUGCAAGCACUCUUCGAAGAGCGCGGGUACGAGACCGAGGUCGACGAAUACUUUUUCCAAGAGCAGUGGCAGCCGCCCAAAUCGUGGGCCAGCCAACUCCUACUUGCUCUCGGGGAUCCCUUUCAAAAGGUCGACGUGCCGUUUGAUCCUGACAUCCUGAUCCAAGAUUGGCAACUGCGACCUUCCGGCAACAAGCAGUCUUGAGCAGCAAGCACUGCUAUCUUGUAAGCCGCUGGAAAGAUAGGUCUCUAAAAAUGGCACGCUCUGAAAAUUGUCUGUAUACCGAUCGACACGUUCGAUUGUCACAGCUUGCAAGUCUUCCUAUUCUGCAGCCC